AUGGCUCCUUCUCCGUUAAUACCAUUCGCUGCGUCCAAUCAAUCUGCUCCAAUGGCUCAGGAGCACCAUUCCCGGAAAAGCUCGUGGGGGUCGAUCAAGUCUAAGAUCAAGCCGUCUGUGCGAGCCCGUUCCCGUGAACGACCCGUGUCAUGGCUCUUGCCGCAACGGUUCACGUCGCCCUCGUUGAAAUCGUCCGAGGGCUCUUUUGCAGACUCGCCCAUAUCAACGCCCAACUCGGCGCCGCCCUUGCGGUCGUUGAAAUCAAACUCCUCCUCUCUGGAACAGCCCGAAUUGCGCCAGGAGUCCUCCAGCUCAGUGGUGUCUGAUAAAUCGUCGGGUCAGCUGUCCAAGAUGAAGCAGCGCACCAAAUCCUUCCUCAUAUUCGACUUGCCCUCGAGCUCCUCAGAAAGCUCGUCCAAACCUGCCACCCCGUCCAACGUGAAAUUCUCGCUGUCGCCAGACAUCGACUCCGGCACCAGCACCUUGCUCACCGCCACAAGACCGUCCUAUCGCAGAUCGCACUCCAUGAACGACGGCCCAGAAGACAAGGAUUCCCCGCGCAUACCGUCUACAGGCAAUUCCGAUCCGGUCACAGAGUCGCCAGACUCGGAUAAAAUCACAAGACAGCGUUCCAAGACUCUCAACGCUUUGGACCAGGAAAAGAUCGAUUUCACUCCCAGCAUCCUCAACUCGCUUACGAGCUUCAUGAAGAAACGAACACCUACCUCGCGAACGGCCUCGUCCACAAAACUCGAAGAGAUGGCAGAACUAAGCACCGACGAUCUUCCGCCAAAAGAAGAGUCGGAAACAGCCGCCCAGUAUCUCGACAGAAUCCUGGAUCUCUAUCCCGUCACCGCUCUGUGCAGCUCGUUGCUUACCCGAGACUCUGACUUCAACAGGUUGUGUGUGCGCGAGUACUUGGAUCGAUACUUCAACUUCGAGAACGAGCCAAUAGAUCUUUCUCUACGCAAGUUCCUCAUGAUCAACGAACUUCCUAAAGAAACACAGCAAAUAGAUAGGGUCAUCUACGAGUUUGGCCGUCAUUACUCUGCCCAGCACCAGAACGCAGUUGUGUCCCAGGAUUAUUGCUAUGUUCUGACAUAUUCUCUUUUGAUGCUGCACACAGACCGGUUCAACCAGAACAACAAGAGAAAGAUGGCCAAGUACGAGUUUGUCGAUAACCUGAUUGUCACUCUUCAACAGGAAGAGGACUGGAAUAAGUUUGGAGACCUGGCACGAGUUAUCGUGAAAGCUAUUCUGGAAUACUACUACGAUAACAUCACAUACGCACCGUUUGUGAACAUCCAAAAAGACCAAAGCGACAAGGUUCUAGAGAGUCUCAACAACCACGCAAUACCAAUGCCGUAUCCACUUGGUAAUUUCUUGAACAACACUGUUUCUGCACCGGGUGCUGUGAAUCUUACCAGAAAACGAAGCAGCACUUUCCGUUGGAACACGGCAUUGAUCGAUCCGUACGACUACAUCAUUGGCAACACCAUUGACAGUCUAAAGAUCAAUGCCAAUCUGAGCGUCGAAAACCCGUUUGUUCUCACGUAUGGUGAACCCAAUCCUAACGAUAUUAUAGGGUCUCAGAUCAAGUCGGAUAAACAGUAUUUGGACGACCGGUUGUUGAAUAAGUUUGUCACGGCAUUGAAGAGUGACCACUGUUCGAUGUUGCUCAAGAUCGCCAAUUCCAAGGCGGGUUUCCUAAACGGGCACAAAACAGAGCUGGUCAAUUACGGAGACUACGACAAAGUUGGCGAAGAAUAUACAAUUGCCCGAGUCUUUAAGAUCGGGAUGAUCACCCGGCAGGAAACCAAGUUAUUGUCAAACUAUAAAUCGUGGAAACGGUAUUUCUGUGUGCUCACAUCUGUUGGAUUGUUGUUCUUCAAAAACGUUUCGUUGUUGAAGAUGAAAUACGUUGUGAACUCGAAAGGCGAGAAGAGCGUUGUUCUGGAGGAGAAUCUUAACAACACGCCGUUGCUUGAAUCGUUUGAGCCGAGCUUUGUGAUUCCCAGCGGAUCGUUUGCUAUCAGGAUGAAGAAGAACCUCAAACUUGAUGAUAUGCUCAACGAGUGUCAAUCGUCCCACUUGAGACAUUGCACGUUCUAUAUCUAUGGAAAGCAUUCCAAAGACAUGUAUUUGGUGGACAACCAGUACGAGCUUGUUUCGUGGAUCAACUCCAUCAACUGUCUUUCUGCAUUGGAUCCUGUUACGUUGUCGAUAGAGAAACUUGACUUGCCGUAUGAAGACGAGGUGAUCAGAGAAGUGAUCAGUUUGAAAGUGCUAACCAUUCAAGAACGGCUGGAGAAACUGAAACAGUCCAUCGAGACGUGUAAAGCUGUACUGGAGGACUAUUUUGUGAUGAUGAACAGAAUCUCCGUUUUGACACCGUUCCAGGCCAAGACCCGCGAGACAUUGGCCUCUGCCAUCAAGUUGUUCGAGGUGAAGAUCGAGUGGACCUGGUUUGAGAUUUCGAGAAACUCCAUGUUCACGGAAAUCAUCGAGCGUGUCCACGAACAGCUUACAAACGCCGACGCGGACUCGGACGACGAGGAGUUUGUUACUGCCAUUGAUAUUUUGGAAGACUGA